UUGGCGGAGGAUCUGGCACAGACGAAUGUGGUACUACUGAUUUGAAAAUAUCCGAUCUAGCCGGUGGUUGGAAAGUACCGCAAAAGGCGUUCACCAAAAAGCUCACAUGUACCUAUACGCUCACUGGAGAUGCUGGAAAGACAUAUGAAUUCGCAUUCACCGACUUAAAGGUUGGGACGGACGCGGGUGUCUGUGCGAAGGACUAUGUGGAAGUGAACGAUAAAAAUGACUUCACCGGGCAACCGCCUUUCAAGAAGUGCGGUCAGUCGGCUCCGUCGGAUAAAUUCACGUCCGCAUCGAAUGUGUUCUAUGUGAAAUUGACCAUCAACUCGGACGACUUUGCGACAACCACGUUUACUGCGACCAUCACUGAAGGUGAGUUAUAA